GGCCCCAGAAGUAGAACAAGAGUCGAGAACUGGAUUCGAGUUACCGGGAGGAGCAUCAGGUCUAGGGAACUUGAGAGCCUCAACCUCAAGUGGCGAGUCAACAAGGCCGAGUGACUGGGGGACAGGUCCAGGUCAGGAAAAUAGGAAAAUUAACACGAAUCGGAGAGAGGGAGGGAGUCAAGAGCGGGCAAUGCUGAGAUUGCUUGGCUGGGAAUCGAGAGAGUGGAGUUUAUAUGGGGAGUGGAACUCUAGUGGACGGUGUUCGUCGCUGGUUUCAACGCCACCAUUUCAUCAACAACAACAAUUCUACUUCUAAUAAUACAACCAAUAGUCACAAUAAUGGCGAUGGAGUCCUCACCGAUUUAACCGUGCGAUCGUCGAAAUCGAGUGGAGAACAAGAGGAGGAGCUCACUGUAAUUGAAGAUUUCGAUCUCGCUGGGUUAAACCUAAUCAAAGUACCCAAACGUACUGCUUUACCAUUCAUAAUGGAUUCGCAAAAGAAGGGUGCCCUAGAAGCAGAGUUCUUCACCGAGUAUGGAGAGGCAAGCCGUUACCAAGUUCUAGAAGUCGUAGGGAAAGGAAGUUACGGCGUCGUUGGUUCCGCAAUUGACACACAUACAGGAGAAAGGGUUGCGAUUAAGAAGAUUAAUGAUGUUUUUGAGCAUGUCUCUGAUGCCACACGAAUUCUGAGAGAAAUUAAACUCUUACGGUUGCUUCGUCAUCCAGAUAUUGUUGAAAUAAAACAUAUAAUGCUUCCUCCAUCCCGCCGAGAAUUCAGAGAUAUUUACGUUGUGUUUGAAUUAAUGGAGUCUGAUCUUCACCAAGUAAUUAAGGCAAACGAUGAUCUUACCCCUGAGCAUUAUCAGUUUUUCUUGUACCAACUUCUUCGUGGUCUUAAAUUUAUACAUACUGCAAACGUAUUUCAUCGAGAUCUAAAGCCAAAAAACAUCCUUGCUAAUGCUGAUUGCAAAUUGAAGAUAUGCGAUUUCGGUCUUGCUCGAGUAUCUUUUAAUGAUGCCCCAUCAGCUAUCUUUUGGACAGACUAUGUUGCAACUAGAUGGUAUCGUGCUCCUGAACUCUGUGGCUCAUUUUUCUCCAAAUACACCCCUGCAAUUGAUAUAUGGAGCAUCGGAUGCAUAUUUGCUGAAAUGCUUACAGGAAAACCACUGUUUCCCGGUAAAAAUGUGGUUCACCAGUUGGAUCUCAUGACUGAUGUACUUGGCACUCCUGCUGCUGAAUCCAUUUCAAGGAUUCGAAAUGAAAAGGCAAGGAGGUAUCUGAGUAGCAUGAGAAAGAAACAACCAGUUCCAUUCGCGCAAAAGUUCCCUAAUGUAGAUCCAUUGGCUCUUCGACUAUUGGAGCGCCUGCUUGCAUUUGAUCCUAAAGAUCGUCCAACAGCUGAAGAGGCUCUAGCCGAUCCCUACUUUCAUGGUUUGUCAAAUGUGGAUCGUGAACCAUCCACUCAGCCCAUUUCAAAACUGGAGUUUGAGUUUGAGAGGAGGAAGUUGGCAAAGGAUGAUGUGAGAGAGUUAAUUUAUCGAGAGAUAUUAGAGUAUCAUCCUCAGAUGCUGCAGGAGUACCUUCGCGGUGGAGAACAGACUAGCUUCAUGUACCCUAGUGGUGUUGAUCGAUUUAAGCGACAAUUUGCCCAUCUUGAGGACAAUUAUGGUAAAGGUGAAAGAAGCACUCCACUCCAAAGGCAGCAUGCUUCUUUGCCUAGGGAGCGGGUUCCUGCACCUAAGGAUGAGACCACAAGCCAAAAUGACGAAUUGGGUCGAACUGCAGCUUCUGUAGCUACAACUCUUCAGAGUCCCCCAGGGUCCCAGCAGUCUGAUGGCUCAGGACUUCCAAAUAUGGAGGCACAAAAUGGAGUUGCCAAGCCAAACUACAGUGUCCGAAGCCUGCUGAAGAGUGCUAGCAUUAGUGGCUCUAAGUGUGUAGGUGUGCAGCCAACGAAAGAUUUACAGGACGAACCAAUUAUUGAGGCCAACGAUGAAGCAGUUGAUGGAUCGUCUCAAAAGGUUGCAGCUCUCCAUGCUUGAUUCUGCACUUGUAAUUUCGUCCAAACACUCAGAGCUUUGAGUUGGCACCCUGCCUUUUUUUCCCCCCCUAAUUAUGCAGACACAUAGUGGCUUGUAAAAGCGAGAAUCUACAGUCUUUAUUGCCGGUUUUGAGGUAGAAGCUAACUGUAGGUCUUUAUUCUCAUAGUUACCCUUGAGAUUGCGUUCUACAAUUACAGAACAGAGAAUAGAUGUUUUCAUGUACUGUAUUGUAUAUUUGCACGAAAAACAACACUGUAUUAUGUAUGCAUUUUGAUAAAUUUUGCAGCUUUACUUGGGCAUGAUAUAGUAUGAGAAUGCCCUUAAAAACAGUGUAUUUUUGUUAAUCUGCUGUUACUGUGUUUAUAUUUUGAAGAAAA